AUGGGCCAGACAGCUGCGGUGCAUUGCCGAACUGACUGUCGAGCACCGCCGCGCUGUGAGGCCAUUGCCCAGGAUUGCAUACAGGACCUCAAUCCGAGCCUCGCCGAGCCAUCGCCGGAGAGCAAGCUGAUUCGAGCAGCCAGGGAUGGGAAUUUGGAGGCUAGAAAAGUCAUCGGUUGCAACAUCAGACCCGGGCUUUCACAACUGCGCCACUCUGAAGAUCAAUUGUCGCACAUGGCGGUGACGUUCCAUGACAAGAUGGCUGUCGGCAUGAGCGGGCCUACGACCAUGAGUAUGCCUUACCAAGCAAACAUCUCCAUCGAGAAGGAGAGCUUGGACUACCAGCUUCCGCUGUGGGUCGUCCCGCAGAGUUUGGGCAAGUCCCCCCCGGGCCUUGAUCGCGACUCAGGGUCCGAGCAUGCCUCGUUUUGGGACGAGAGCGAUAACGAGGCCGCGUUCGAGCCAUUCCUUUGUCUCCCGAGCUACAUGCGGCAGGCCUUACAGCUGCCGGGUGACGAGGUUCGAGCGGGUCCGAAUCCCAAGGUGAAGGAGCCUGGAACCUCACAAUAUCGGACGUCAACGGCCUGCUUCCCGCCGCAGGAUUUCAUCAAUACCAUCCCUUCACCGCCAGGGCUUGAACAACAUUGCCCGAGGGCCUCGGCUAAGAACUGCUACGACUUCAAAGUCAUCUUCGGGGGAUACGACCAAGACAAGCACUCGGAUUUCGAGCUGGUGCCACGUCUAAUCGGAAAGCGUGGUUGCAAUAUGCUCCCUAUCAAGAGACUUGGUGCUGAUGUCCGAGUUUGCGGGAGGGGGAGCGGCUACCUGGAGAUUCCGGCGCCGACUGGUGAGCUUCUAGAGAGGGAUGAAGCGCUGCAAGUGGCCGUGUCUUGCCGAACGAAGGAGAUGAAGGAAGCAGCGAUGGAAGAGAUCGCAUCUCUUCUCAGCUCCCUGGGGUAUCACUUCAAGCGGUUCUGCCGCAAGAAGCAGCUCUACUAUUCACAGCUGUACACCUUCGAGACAAAGGAUAUGCAGCCAAAGCAGCCUGUCAAGCGAGUCUUCGGGUACACAGGAGUCAAGGCCGCCUUGGCAUGA